AUGCUACUUAAGCAAAAUCCUUUCUUUGCUUUAGCUAUUACUGUUGCUACAGCUGCGGCGGCUGCGGCGGCUAUACUACGCACUCUCACCUCCGAAGCUUCGCCCCUUUUCUUAAACCUUCUUAUUAAACGCUUGCUUAUGCUAACGACCGUUAAGGCCUUAAAGUAUAUCAAGUGCAUUAAUACGUUAUACGCUGUCUCCGGUAUGCUAAAAGUAGCUAUAGCAACUGUACCGCUGCUUCUGCCGCUGCUAACACCGCUUUCGAUAACUUCAGUUCGCCGAGGUCUUCGAGAUGCUAUGCGACAACAGCUCGCUUUAGAUACUGCUUUUUUAAAAAGUGCUGCUAAUAGUCCGGGCGGUUUAGCGAGUAAAAGUAAAGGUUUUAAAAGUAGUCCCGGUAGCUUUACAAGUUUUGCUCUUGCUUUUAAGACUUUUAAUUUGAAUGUAGCUUUUGUUAGAUUGAAUAGUCUUGUAGUAGCAAACCGUAGUCCGAUGACGCAAAGCGCUUCGAGCAUAUUAUCUUUUCCUUUUGCGCUUGCCGCUUUUAUUGCUUUCGUCGCCUUCGCUAUUCUCGUCGCCUUCGCAGCUCCCGUCGCUCUCGUCGCACUUAUUAUCGUCGCUCUUUUUGCGCUAAUCGUUGCGCUUGCCGCUCUCGCGACGGCGCCCGCUAUUGCUAUGACUCUUGCGAAGCGCCGGGCUAAACACAUGCGUGCUAUUAAAGCUUUUCGACUAACGCGCGAGCGUCUUGUAAAUUUAAAAGCUUGA